CCGGCCAGAGCAACCCGGAGAGCCUCUGACUGCAGCACAGCCUUGGACUUAUUUCAAGGGAAAUUAACCCGGAAACCCCUCCACGAGGCCGUGACCCUGAGCGUAUGCCCCUGGAGCACCUAGGGAUGAGCACUUCUCUGAACUACAAGUCCUUCUCCAAAGAGCAGCAAACCAUGGAUAACCUGGAGAAACAGCUGAUUUGCCCCAUCUGCCUGGAGAUGUUCACCAAGCCUGUGGUGAUCCUGCCCUGCCAGCACAACCUCUGUCGGAAGUGUGCCAGCGACAUUUUCCAGGCCUCCAACCCCUACCUGCCGACCAGGGGAGGCACAACCGUGGCGUCGGGAGGCCGCUUUCGCUGUCCCUCCUGCAGGCACGAAGUCGUCCUCGACCGGCACGGCGUCUACGGGCUGCAGAGGAACCUGCUGGUGGAGAACAUCAUCGACAUCUACAAGCAGGAGUCCACAAGACCCGAAAGGAAGUGUGACCAGCCAAUGUGUGAAGAGCACGAAGAUGAAAGAAUUAAUAUAUAUUGUUUGAACUGUGAAAUGCCCACCUGCUCCCUGUGCAAAGUCUUUGGUGCCCACAAAGACUGUCAAGUUGCUCCUCUCACAAACGUUUACCAGCGACAGAAGUCUGAGCUGAGUGAUGGCAUUGCAGUCCUGGUGGGGACCAACGACAGGGUGCAAGGGAUAGUCACACAGCUGGAGGAGACCUGCAAGACAGUUGAGGAAUGCUGCAGACGACAGAAAGAGCAGCUGUGUGAAAAAUUUGAUUAUCUCUAUUCUGUACUGGAAGAAAGAAAAAAUGAGAUGACACAAAUAAUCACUAGAACCCAGGAGGAGAAACUGGAACAUGUCCGCUCCCUGAUGAAGAAGUAUGCGGAUCAUUUGGAAGCUGUAUCGAAGCUGGUUGAAUCAGGAAUCCAGUUCAUGGAAGAGCCAGAAAUGGCUGUGUUUUUGCAGAAUGCCAAAACAUUGCUACAAAAAAUUACUGAAGCAUCUAAAGGAUUUCAAAUGGAAAAAAUAGAGGAUGGGUAUGAAAAUAUGAACCAAUUCACAGUGAACCUCAGUAGAGAAGAGAAGAUAAUCCGAGAAAUUGAUUUUGACAGAG